GGCCGGCGUCGGGAAGGUCCUGGUCCCGCUUCCGCGCGUGCUGUCCCCGGGCCGCUGUGCCGCCUCGCCACGCGCGCGCCCCGGCUGCGCGUCCUGGACGCAAGGCAGCAGGUGACAGAGGAUCUGACCCCAUGGCUUCCUGGACAAGAACCUGGUGGCGACUGCUAUGGAUGUGGGUCGUGCUCCCUACUCUUCUGCAGGCUACAGCAGAGAAGUCUCCUGGAGCCUACUUCCUUCCCGAGUUUGCGCUGUCCCCGCAGGGAAGCUUCCUGGAGGACACGACAGGGGAGCAAUUCCUCACGUAUCGCUAUGAUGACCAGACCUCAAGAAACGCUCAUUCAGAUGGAGACAGAGACGCCAACUGGGACGCCUGGGGUGACUGGAGUGACUGCUCCCGCACCUGUGGGGGAGGUGCCUCCUACUCCCUGCGGAGAUGUCUAGCUGGGAGGAGCUGUGAAGGGCAGAACAUUCGGUACAAGACAUGCAGCAAUCACGACUGCCCCGUGGACGCAGAGGACUUCAGAGCCCAGCAAUGCUCAGCCUACAAUGAUGUCCAGUAUCAGGGGCGUUACUAUGAAUGGAUCCCGCGGUACAAUGACCCCACUGCCCCGUGUGCGCUCAAGUGUCACGCUCGGGGACAGAACUUGGUAGUGGAGCUGGCGCCCAAAGUCCUGGAUGGAACUCGCUGCAACACCAACUCCCUGGACAUGUGCCUCAGUGGCGUCUGCCAGGCCGUGGGCUGUGACCGGCAGCUGGGAACCAGAGCCAAGGAGGACCACUGUGGCGUGUGCACCGGGGACGGCUCCACCUGCAGACUUGUGCGGGGACAGUCCAAGUCACACGUCUCUCCUGAGAAAAGAGAAGAAAAUCUGAUCGCUGUUCCCCUGGGAAGUCGCAGUGUGAGAAUCACCGUGAAAGGACCUGCCCACCUCUUUAUUGAAUCAAAAACACUUCAAGGAAGCAAAGGAGAGCACAGCUUUAACAGCCCUGGAGUCUUCGUUGUAGAAAACACGACGGUUGAAUUUCAGAAAGGCUCAGAGAGGCAAACCUUUAAGAUUCCAGGACCUCUGACUGCUGAUUUCAUCUUCAAGACCAGGUACCCCGUGGCCAAAGACAGCGUGGUCCAGUUCUUCUUCUACCAGCCCAUCAGCCACCAGUGGAGGCAAACCGACUUCUUUCCCUGCACCGUGACCUGUGGAGGAGGUUAUCAGCUCAACUCUGCUGAGUGUGUGGACAUCCGUUUGAACAGGGUGGUUCCUGACCACUACUGCCAUUACUACCCUGAAAACGUGAAGCCCAAACCCAAACUCAAGGAGUGCAGCAUGGACCCCUGCCCAUCAAGUGACGGAUUUAAGGAGAUUAUGCCGUAUGACCACUUUCAGCCUCUCCCUCGCUGGGAACAUAAUCCUUGGACGGCGUGUUCCGUGUCGUGCGGAGGGGGCACCCAGAGGCGGAGUUUCGUGUGCGUGGAGGAGUCCGUGCACGCGGAGAUCCUGCAGGUGGAGGAGUGGAAGUGCAUGUACGCACCCAAGCCCAAGGUGAUGCAAGCCUGCAACCUGUUCGAUUGCCCCAAGUGGAUUGCCAUGGAGUGGUCCCAGUGCACGGUGACAUGUGGCCAAGGCCUGCGCUACAGGGUUGUGUUGUGUAUCAACCACCGUGGGGAGCACGUGGGGGGCUGCAAUCCACAGCUGAAGCUGCACAUCAAAGAGGAGUGUGUCGUUCCUGUGCCCUGCCACAAGCCCAAAGAGAAAAGUCCUGUGGAAGCUAAAUCACCUUGGCUGAAACAAGCCCAGGAACUUGAAGAGGUCAGAACGGCCACGGAGGAACCCACGUUCAUUCCCGAGCCCUGGUCGGCCUGCAGUGCCACCUGUGGGCCGGGCGUCCAGGUGCGCGAGGUGAAGUGCUGCGUGCUCCUGACCUUCACACAGACGGAGACGGAGCUCCCGGAGGAGGAGUGUGAAGGCCCCAAGCCGCCCACCGAGCGGCCGUGCAUCCUGCAGCCCUGUGACCACAGCCCUGUGUCCCCGGCACUGGACAGCUCUCUGCAGGAGGAGGACAGCGACACCACUUAUGACUGGGAGUACGCUGGCUUUACCCCGUGCACAGCAACCUGUCUGGGAGGCCGUCAAGAAGCCAUAGCAGUGUGUCUGCACAUCCAGACCCGGCAGACGGUCAAUGACAGCUUCUGUGACACAGCCCACCGUCCUCCAGCAAUGAGCCAGGCCUGUAACACGGAGCCCUGCCCACCCAGGUGGCACGUGGGCUCCUGGGGGCCCUGCUCAGCUACGUGUGGAGUUGGAAUCCAGACCCGAGAGGUGCACUGCUUGUCCCUGGACGGCUCCCCGCCGCCUCCCGAGGCGUGCAGACAGGGGAAGCCUCAUGCCUUGCAGGCCUGCAAUCAGUUCGAUUGCCCCCCCGGCUGGCACAUUGAAGACUGGCAACAGUGCUCCAGGACCUGUGGUGGGGGAGCCCAGAACCGACGAGUCACCUGUCGGCAGCUGUUGACGGAUGGCAGCUUCUUGAACCUCUCCGAUGAACUGUGCCAAGGGCCCAAGGCGGCCUCUCAUAAGUCCUGUGCCAGGACAGACUGCCCUCCACAGUUGGUGGCAGGAGAGUGGUCAGAGUGCUCAGUCACCUGUGGUGUUGGAGUCCAGAGGAGGACGCAGGUAUGUCAGAGGCUGACGGCCAAAGGCCAGCGCGUGCCCCUCAGCGACCUGAUGUGCAAGGACCUCCCAGGACCCUCUCUCAGGAGACCCUGCCAGAUGCCUGCCUGUGGCAAAAUGAAACCAGAGACAAAGACAAGACUUAGAGAGCAGGGGCCUGAGAUUCUCAGUGUCCAGCGAGUCUACAUUCAGACAAGGGAGGAGACGAUCCACCUGACCAUCGGCAGUCGAGCUUACUUGCUGCCCAACACAUCUGUGAUAAUCAAGUGUCCUGUGCGACGGUUCCAGAAAUCCCUGAUCCAAUGGGAGAAGGACGGCCACUGUCUGCAGAACUCCAAACGCCUUGGCAUCACCAAGUCGGGGUCCCUCAAGAUCCACAGCCUCGCGGCCCCCGACAUCGGCGUGUACCGCUGCGUUGCUGGCUCUGCGUGGGAAAGUGUCGUCCUCAAACUCAUCGGGACAGACAACAGGCUCAUCGCACACCCGUCCCUCCGAGAGCACGUGAGGGAAUCCCCAGGUGCGGACCACGGUGCAGCCAACAGUGUGGGGACCAUGUGGCACAAGGUGCAGCAGACGUGGAGCAACAAAAAUGAGCUUUACCUGAGCGAUGGCCGCAUUCACAGCCAGCCUUUCCUGAGAACUCUGCUGGGCCGCUGUCGCAAUCCCACGGGAAGCACUGACUCCUGGGAGCUUGAGAAAAAGCAGUUCGAAGCUGCAGUCAGGCAGGGAGCCUACAGCAUGGAGGCCACUCAGUUUGACGAGCUGAUAAGGAACAUGAGUCAGCUGAUGGAGACAGGCGAGGUCAGCGAUGACAUGGCGUCCCAGGUGAUAUACCAGCUGGUAGCCGAGUUAGCCACCAUGCAGCCAGCGCAGGUGCAGUGGCGGGGCAUCCAGGAAGAGGAGCCACCCAUGGCUCAGCUCAGAGGGGGAGCAGGACGUGUGUCCCAAAGCUCAAAAGGGGUGAACUCAGGCAAGCUGACAUUUAAGCCUAAAGGACCUGCACUCACGAGGCAAAGCCAAGCCCCUUCAGUUUCAUUUAAUAAAACAGUUAGUGUGAGGAUUGGAAAGACAGUAUACAUUACAAAGAAGACAGAGGUCAUUGAGAUACUGUGCGACCCUCUGAGCCCCAGUGAGGUGACAUAUGCGUGGACCAAGGAUGGAGAGCCAUUACAAGCCUCGGGCAGGGUAACUGUGGAUGACACUGGGACACUCCAGAUACGAAAUCCUACAAGGAGAGAACAGGGACUGUAUGAAUGUUCUGUGGCUAGCCAUCUCAGCUCACAUGUGGAAAGUUCUUCUGUGCUGUAUGCAGAGGCACCUGUCAUCUUGUCUAAUGAAAGAAAUAUCACCAAACCAGAGAACAACCACCUGUCGGUCGUGGUGGGAGGUGUUGUGGAGGCAGCCUGUGGAGCAAAUGUGACAAUCCGAUGUCCUGUAAAAGGUGUCCCUCAGCCUCAUGUCACGUGGCUGAAGAGAGGAGGACCUCUGGGUGACAAUCUCUCCUUGCUUUACGAUGGGUCCCUGUUGCUGAGGAAUGUGUCUCUGGAGAAUGAAGGAACCUAUGUUUGCACAGCCACCAAUGCUCUUGGAAAGGCAGUGGCCAUAUCUGUCCUCCACUUGCUGGAACGAAGAUGGCCAGGCAGCAAAAUCAACUUUUAUAAGAGACGCAAAAACCAUGUUCUCCAGACGCCAGACUCCAGGACCAACAACAGUGACCUGGCAGGAGCGCCCCUGACUCCAGAGCCUUUUUGGGAACCUGGCAAUUGGACACAUUGUUCUGCCACCUGUGGCCACUUGGGAGCCCGUGUUCAGAGACCCCAGUGUGUACUGGCCAAUGGGCAGGAAGUGAGUGAAGGCCUCUGUGACCCCCUCCGGAAGCCUCGGGCUGGGUUUCAACCUUGUAACAUCCGGGACUGCCCAGCAAGGUGGUUUGCGAGCAUGUGGUCGGAGUGCUCCGUGUCCUGUGGUAGAGGGUCCCACAGCCGGCAAGUGACCUGCAGGAGGAUGAAAGCCAACGGGACGGUGCAGGUGAUGUCCUCACAGGCGUGCCCCACCAAAGACCGACCUCUGGUUAGGAAGCCAUGUUCCCGUCGUCCGUGUGUCCGAGGGGUCACGGAACCGGGGCGUCAGUGUCCUGGACGCUGCGUGGACUGUGCGGGGAGGAUGCAGCAGCAUCACCUGGCUUGUCCACAUCACAACAGUUCUGAUGCCGCCUGCGAUGACAGAAGGAGGCCGGCCGUUGGAAGGAACUGCACAUCGGGGGCCUGUGACAGGUGUUGGUGCACAGGCCCCUGGAAGCCGUGCACAGCCGCCUGCGGGAGGGGCUUCCAGUCUCGGAGGGUCGACUGUGUCCACGUGAUAAGCUGCAAACCUGUGGCCCAGAGACACUGUGCACAGAAACAGAAGCCUCCUUCCUGGAGACACUGUCUUGGGCCUUCCUGUGACAGUACGUACCCCUCCCAGGUGUCACCAGGGCCUUGUCUAAACCGGACCCUGACAGCGCCCACCUCAUCCCUGUCGCAUCAAGGGGCCACUCAGAAUGGAUGUGGUGGCUUGGGACAUUAGAUUAGCACCUUUUUGUGCACGCAACACAGUGAGUGCUCUGUAGAGUAGAAAAAAGAAUGAAUUUUGGGGUGCGGGGGACAUUGGUUACUGCUCUCUGACAAGCAUGGGCAGUCCCUCUGCACUCCCUCCUGCCUGGCAGUCUCCUCCGCUGUGACAGAGCUGAAUGGACAGACAGAUGUCCUGAGAUCACAGGCCAAAUUCCAUUCCUAUUAUUUCUCUAGGAAGCACGACCUUGCAAAAAUGGGGCUCUGAGAGGAGCAGCAGAGGGCAGAGGGGCUGUGAGGGUCCCCAGGGUGUGGCAGGAGGCUGAAUGGCUGAACUGAGAAGUGAGUCAAGUGCAUUUCUGACUCCAGGGCAGAGCAGUGGCCCUCACCCAAGGUUAGUUUCCUCUCCUCUGUGCGAUCUCAAUUUGUGGUUGUUCCUAAAAGUCAAAUGAUUUUUUAACAAAGUCUCUGAUGAACCAUGUCACAAAUUUCUUUCCUUGGUUUCAGAAGACUGUACAGACCCAACUCACUACUGUAUGUUCAUCGAACAUCUUAAUCUGUGCUCCCUAGACCUCUCUCUAUAGGUGAAGGUGCUGCCAGCUGUGCCAGGAAGGAUAAAUCUUGGGGGUGGGAGGGUUGUUUGCUGCUGUGAUGAUGAAGGAAAACAUAAAGGCUCUUUUCCCCACAUCUCUGGUUCAAAACCGUGUACUGCUUAAAGACUAGAUUCUGUGAUCAGAGGUCGAUGCAAAAAAGCCCAGUUAAAAGGUUCUAAAGUGGAAAUUUUCCCACGGUAGGUUUGGAAAGCCAAUUCUUAUCAAAGAUGCACUCCAGGAUUAAUAAAAACAAAUACCACACAUGUGUGCCCAUGCACUUGGGACCUCAUCACUGUCUGUCUAACCAGGAAGUCACCAAGAAGGUUAGUGUGUCAUCCUGUGCUGUGGCUUUAGCCCAGAGCAGUCCCUCCUGAAAACUUGGGACGCAGCAGCUGACGGUAUCCUCUUCUCCCCGUGGAGUUUCAGGGUUACACGGUAUUUACAUUAAGAGGUCUGGCAGUGGUUCUUCAGAUGUGGGCACCAGUAGCAUUUUCAGAGGUCCUUGGGUUUAGUCUGUGAAGAAGAGGACACACAGGGGAUGCUGUCUUGUCUCUGGUCUCAGAACAUCCAUGGGAGCAACACAGGGUAGGUGUGGUCACCCACCUGUGACCAAAUGAGGCAUCCUGGAAAUCAGAGGAGAGGAAACGCCAACCUUUCUACUGAUUUUGAAGAAUGUUCAAAGCUCUCUUGUUAAGAGCUGUGAAUGAAACUUCCUAAGCACCAUUGUCUUGCACAGACAAAAAAAAAAGCCCUAUUAGACCUAAUUUAUACAUAAAAUAAUAUUCCUGAUGACUUUUUUUAUUUUGGAAAGUUUAUAAGAAAGUAAUC